AGCGCGCCUGAAGCUGUUUCAACAGGAGCGUGAAGGACAAGAAGUUUCAGCCGAUGGCGCUUCUCAUCGUUGCCGCUUCGCUGCUGGCACUCGCACACGCCUUGGGCCCGCAAGCGUCUUGCACCGUAGGGCAGCAGUGCGCCGCAGGAGAGCAGGAUGACACCGGCAUGCUCCAGAAGAGCUCGCGGAUGAUGCAGGUGAAUCGGCAUGAGCAAAUGAGCGUGAAGACGACGCCCACGAAUGAUGCCGAGUGCGAGGCCGUGCCGGGCAUCAAUACGGACGAGCCCAUCGUGUACGACUCCAGCUGCCCCGGCCUGUGCUGCUUCGAGGACCAGCCGUGCAGGUACAACACCACGGGCUGCUACUCCGCAGCCUUGGCGCAGCAGAAGGUGAGGACGACGCCCACGAACGAUGCCGAGUGCGAGGCCGUGCCGGGCAUCAAUACUGACGAGCCCAUCGUGUACGACUCCAGCUGCCCUGGCCUGUGCUGCUUCGAGGACCAGCCGUGCAGGUACAACACCACGGGCUGCUACUCCGCAGCCUUGGCGCAGCAGAAGGUGAGGACGACGCCCACGAACGAUGCCGAGUGCGAGGCCGUGCCGGGCAUCAAUACGGACGAGCCCAUCGUGUACGACUCCAGCUGCCCCGGCCUGUGCUGCUUCGAGGACCAGCCGUGCAGGUACAACACCACGGCUGCUACUCCGCAGCCUUGGCGCAGCAGAAGGUGAGGACGACGCCCACGAACGACGCCGAGUGCGAGGCCGUGCCGGGCAUCAAUACGGACGAGCCCAUCGUGUACGACUCCAGCUGCCCCGGCCUGUGCUGCUUCGAGGACCAGCCGUGCAGGUACAACACCACGGGCUGCUACUCCGCAGCCUUGGCGCAGCAGAAGGUGAGGACGACGCCCACGAACGAUGCCGAGUGCGAGGCCGUGCCGGGCAUCAAUACGGACGAGCCCAUCGUGUACGACUCCAGCUGCCCCGGCCUGUGCUGCUUCGAGGACCAGCCGUGCAGGUACAACACCACGGGCUGCUACUCCGCAGCCUUGGCGCAGCAGAAGGUGAGACGACGCCCACGAACGAUGCCGAGUGCGAGGCCGUGCCGUGGCAUCAAUACGGACGAGCCCAUCGUGUACGACUCCAAGCCGUCCGUGUCGACUCCAGCUGCCCCGCUUGUGCUGCUUCGAGGACCAGCCGUGCAGGUACAACACCACGGGCUGCUACUCCGCAGCCUUGGCGCAGCAGAAGGUGAGGACGACGCCCACGAACGAUGCCGAGUGCGAGGCCGUGCCGGGCAUCAACACGGACGAGCCCAUCGUGUACGACUCUAGCUGCCCGGGCCUGUGCUGCUUCGAGGACCAGCCGUGCAGGUACAACACCACAGGCUGCUACUGAGGUCAGAGUUUCUCUGUAGCAUGGUAUAUCAAUAUUUCUUGCCACACUCUAGCCGAUGGCGCAGUACACUUUCGGAGAAGCAUUUGGGCCGCCUGCAUGACGAGGUCGUGCGCUGCCCCAGCCUUGGCAUUGUCGAGUUUCAAUGUUGCAGCGUCUCAACGGACUGUUCGUAAUUAACAUGACAAUUUUGUGUGAGCAUGCUCGAAUGCUUGCUGCGCCCAAUGUCCACGGCUCUUCAAUAUUUGUAUGUAGCACCCCGCAAUUCUCCCUCACUCUGGUCGGAUGUAUCUCUUGCGUUCCGAUUCCUAGACUUAAAUGUCUGGGUGCACGUUGGCGGAGGGGCCGCUUCUUGUUGUGGCCAUCUCCGCCCAAACGCGGCUAAACACCAAGUGUAGGGCAUUCACCUCCAAAUAGCAGGGAAAGCCCUCGCUGCAAGCAUCGCAGAUGGAGGCGGCGGCAUCGGAGCAGCUCGCGUCGCUGAAGCCCUGGUGGCGUCCAACAUUGACAGCAAAAUCGAAGUUGGCACACCCGCUGGCAUCCCGCGCGUCACUGGAGGACAAGGUGUCGUCGCCACUGAAGUCGGCGUGGACAUGAGGGGUCCUCCUCCCCCUCCCCUUCCUCCUCCCUCCUCCCUCC